AUGUCUCGCCAGAAGCAACAUGGCAAAAUCCAGCCCCACGACCCGGGCAAGAAGGUCAGGCUCCGGGCCAAGAAGGUUCCUAAACCUGGAAAGCCUCACCGAUCGACACCCCAUGCGCGUCCUGCGCCGGCUCCUCGAACUCCCGCUCGAGUGUUUCGUCCUGUGCGGAAGAAUAGCUCUGACGGAUCAUACGCUUCCACCAACAAUGACAACGACUUACCCAACUCCUCGUCAGACGACUCGGUAGUUGCGCUCGAUGUCGAUGAUGACGAGGUUGCCAGUAUCCAGUCCCAGACAGACCGUUACAAUACUACAUCUUCGCGUCAGACCACCGCCCAGAUACGCCCCCGAUCCUCCGCAUUCGAUCGCCCAACAGCAACGACUAGUCCAUUCAGACCUACUGCAGCAACCCAAGUCCGCCUGCAAAUUCCAGCCAUUCACCGAAACGAGAAGAUCACGACUACCUCGAGCCGCGACUAUGCCGCUGUGACAUUCCUGGUUCGGAAUGGCCCGGUAAACGACUUGCUCAUUGAACGCGGCAAAAGGCUGCUGCAGGAGUUGUUUUCUGGCUGCGACGUUGAUCCUACAACCACGAGCAUGGUCAGCCUCGACGAUUGA